AGUCAAUAUUCUGUGGACGUUAUCAAUUAUUUAUCAGGAAGAACCCGAAGAACCUAAUACUUUAAUAUUUAUUAUCAGUUAUGUUAGCAGCUGUUGUAAUGCAACUGAGUUCCGGGCGAUAUAAUUAAAGUUCAUCAUAUUUUAUUUACGGACAAGGGAUCGCAACUGAUGGGGAAUACAAUCGGAACUGUUUUAAACCCAAUGUUUCCUAUUAAAAUGCUAUUAAAAACUUAUUCAAUAUGUAUUUUAAUGGUUGAUGUUGUAUGGGUUGUUGUAAACACAAAUUAUGCAAUACUUCAAGCACUUUAUGGUUUUUUUAAUCCUCCACCAUUAAAGUCUGUAAAACUCGAGACUGCUCUGAUAAUUGGUUCAGGAAGGGGAGUAGGUCGUCAAAUUGCAAUCCAGUUAGCUGAACUUGGUGCAAUUGUUCUCUGUGUUGAUAAGAAUGUUGCAAAUAAUGAAGAAACAGUUAACAUGAUAAAGAGCAAAGGUGGUAAAACUUAUAUUUAUGAAUGUGAUAUAACAAAGAGAGAAAAUGUUACCACAAUGUCUGAACAAGUGAAAAGGGAUGUUGGAUUUGUAAGCAUGCUAUUUUACUGUUGUGGUAUUCCAAGCCCUAGGUCCCUGAUGACACAACCACCUCAAGAUAUACAUGAAACAUUGGAUCUAACUUUGACUUCAUACUUUUGGCUGAUUGAGCACUUCAUGCCUGAAAUGAAAGCAAGGAAUCAUGGCCACAUAGUAGCCCUAACAUCUGUAGCUGGGUUGAGCUACAUAAAGGAUCAAAUGCCUUUGAGUGUAGCGCAGUUCGCUGUUCAGGGUCUUGCUGAGUCUUUGAUGGAAGAUUUAAGAAUCAAUAAGACCGAUGGUGUAUAUGUCACUCUGACUCAUAUAUAUCCUUUUAUUGUGGACGAUAGUUCAAAUUUACGAUUAAGAAUAUCGAGUUAUUUUGGUACGAUAACACCUGCAAAUGCGGCCAAGUCAAUUUUGGACAGUGUACGACGCAACUAUCCAGAGGCAUCUGUACCUAAACAUUUACUUUACCUUGGGCACACUCUUAGAAUAUUGCCCAGAAAGGCGACAGUACUUAUCAGAGAUUUACUUGAUACCGGAGUAGAUUUUGCAUGAUGUACAAAGAAGAAAAUAAAUGAGGCAAGACUGUAAUAAUUUAUGAAACAGUUUUAUAUAUAUGACAGAUUGCGACCAAUAAUGUUAUGUUUUGAUUUAAAGUAUUUGGGGACAAAAUUGACAUAUUUUCUCGGUUUGACUCUGACAACAUAAAAUUGGGUUUUGAAAUAUAUGAGCAAAAAUUGUAUAGAUAUAAGAAAUGGAUCUUCUCGUUAAGUAAUCAUGUCAAAUAAGUAUUAUAACAUUAAAUGUAAGGACUGAGACACCCCCUAAAUAUUCAAAAUCGCUGUAUUUUUAUAUUGUAAUUGAAAUGUUCCUGUAUUUAUAGUAAAUGUUGUAUAGAAAAUUAAUUUAAAUAAAUAAAUAAAUGUAUUUUAUGU